AUGCCACCUAAGAAAGGAGACUCCAAAUCAGCCGCCAAGAAAGGCAAGGCGGAGGAGCCGAAGAAGGGUGGGAAGGAUGACAAGAAGGGAGGGAAGAAAGCGGAGGAGCCGGCUAAAGGGAAGGGGAAGGACGACGGGAAGAAGGGAAAGGGGAAGAAGCCGGUGAGCGAGUCGGAGGAGGGCUCCGAGGAAGAGGAGGAGGCCAUGACCAAGCCUCCAAAGAAAAGCCAGCCUCCACCUGAGGAGGAUGAGGAGGAUAGCAAGCCUCAGAUGAAGAAGAUGGGGGCCGUGAACCUGAAGAAGAUGGGCGACGUCAACAAGAUGGGCGGAGCCUCCAAGGUCAUGAUGGGAUUCGCCGCAGAGGGACAGAAGAAGAACGUGGCUGCCGCCAAAGUCCAGAAGAAGGAAGACGCCAGGUCCCACCUGAAAGGAGCGUCCAAAGCCUUGACAGGCCUGACGGGCAAGUCCUCUCCCUUCUCCCUCUCUGCCGCCAAGCCCCAGGCAGCCCCGGCCAAGGCCAAGCGGGGUCUGAAGAACACCUCCCGCCUCUUCCUCAGGCUCUCCAAGAAGAAGAAGGCCACCCCCAACACCAAACAGAUCCUGGGGACCACCAAGAUGUUCGCCGGCUUUGGCAAGUCCAAGUCCCCGCCUCCCGCAGACAAGCCUGGCCUCCCGAGCACCUCGAAGUUCAACACCAUGUUCAAUAAGAAGGAGGAGAAGCCCAAGAAGGGCCUGCUGUUAUCCAACCUGGGGAACAAGGGCAAGGCAGCCUCUGAGCAGGCCAAGGGCCUGGGCGGCAAGUUCAAAGGCAUGUUUGGGAAGAAUAAGGCAGAGAGCGCGGACUUCAAAAGUAAAGGCUGGGUGUUGGGGAGGAUCUCCGGGGCAACUAACUGGCUGACUAGAAAGUUCCUGUCUUCUAAAGGCCAGGGGAGGCUGGGAGGGCGUGCCAGAGGACUGGGGGAGAAGAGCCUGUCGUUCGCCACGGGGGACCCCAGGGCCAGGCUCAGGGGCUACUACAACGAGGCCUACGAGGACGAUGAGGAUUUCGGUUACGAGGAAGACGAUUACGACCAGGGGAGGCCCCGAGGCCUCCUCAGACGACCUGUGACCUACGACCCGUACGACCCUUACGGAGAGGCCAUGGAGUACCACGACGAUGACGAAUGGGAGGAUGAGUACGGUUACUAUGACGACCAGGGCAACUUUUACUAUGACGACGAGUACGAGUACUACGACGACGAGCUGGGUUACUAUGAUCCGUACGGUUUCUACGACGACGGGUAUGACCAAGAAUACGGUUACUACGGUGAUGACGGUCUGGAGUACUAUGACGAUGGAAUGCUGUAUCCAAUGGAGGGGGAGUAUGGAUACCACGGUAACCACGGUAACUACGGGAACGGAUUGUGGUACUACAACCUCAACGAGGCCGAGAUGUACGAUCCCUACGAUGCCCAGUUAGGAUAUUAUGGUAUGUCAGACCCGUACUCGAUGUACGCUGAUUAUGAGGACCAUAACCCAACCCUGUAUGGUGACCCUGCUUUGGGAUACCAGGAUCCUGCUUUGUAUAAUGUAUAUCAGCUGCAGCCUUAUGGCUAUGCCAUGGAGGGUGUCCUGGAGACAGCAGACCCCAGUCUGCAGUACGGCCUAGAGCAGCUGUCCUACCCCAUGGCUGAUCCAGGGUCGGAUGGCAUGUUCAGACUGCCCCGCCCCCAGGUCAAGCUGUUUGGGAAGGAGAGGCUGGAAGUGGACAACUUUCCCUCGCCCUAUCCUUACCCAUCCUCCCCCCACCUCGCCCUCAACGACCUGGAUAUGAUGUCAGAGAUUCAGUACGAGCACCAACCCCUUCCUUCCUACCCUGCCCAGGCUCAGUACCUCCCGAGCCAGCAGGCCCCGCCCCAGCCCCGCCCCCGUCCCGGCCCCUCCCCUACAGCUAUGCUCAUCCAGCAGGCCCGUAACCCGCUCUCCCCACACCCUCCUCUUGCCAUGUCCCCUAGCCGACUCUCACACGCCUCUAUAGGAAUGGCCCCUGUCCCUGCUCAGCCUCGCCCUCCCAUGUUUCACCCCUCUCUCCCCCAAGACCCCAUGUUUCACCCCUCUCUCCCCCAAGACUCCAUGUUGCACCCCUCUCUCCUCCAAGACCCCAUGUUGCAGAGGUACGAGGCGCAGAUGGGACACUUCACCCCAAUGCCCCUACCAUACUCCCCAAUGACCUCCCCAAUGCCAGUGAGACGUCUGAGCCCCCACCCUUCCCCCCAGCUGUCUAUGAGGCCUGUUCCUCCAAUCAGGGGGGGCGUCCCUCUCUCUCAUCAUCCCCAACGCCUCCAGACAGACCCUCUCUUCUCUCCUCGCCUUCCCAGGAGGCCGCUGGCCCACCGUCCGUCCAUGCCAGGCCAGAGACCCAUCUCCCCGUCCAUGCCAGGCCAGAGACCCAUCUCUCCGCUGGGCAGGAGGAGAGCCAGUCCCCCUGUCUCCACCCAGCCCUCCAGGAGAGGCAUGUCCGUCAGGGGCGAGGCCCAGGUCUCACAAGCAAGGAGGCGGGGGUUUGGCCCCCUCCACCCUCACUCACCACUGGCCAGCCCCCCCUCUUCCCCACGGGGGUCCCUGAGGAAGAGAGGGAGCCCCCCGCUGUCCCCCAGACCUUCCUUUAACAGACAGCAGACACAAUUAGAACAGGGCCCCCCUCCUACUAAAGCACGCCUGUUUGGAGGCAGGAAGCAGGGGUCCACCAUGACUCGCCCACCCUCCCCCAAGCCCCCCCCUCACCGGCGCAGCCCCCCUCUCGGCGAGAGACCCUCCUCACCCACGCCCUCCCAGGGCCAUGAGUCCCCAGAGUAUGGCUCCAGCGUCCUUCAGGUCCCCUUACCCCCCUGGUGCCCCCCCCAGCUCACAGGUCAUCACCCAAGGCCGUCCUCCCCUCAGCUCCAGUACGACCCCCGUCUCUCUCCAAUCUCCUCCCCGUAUCUCCGCAACUCCUUACAGAACCCCUACCUACAGAACGCCACCAGCAGCUCUCCGCUACAGCCCAGCCCCUCCCCCGGGGCCCAGGUGAUGAUGUCACCUGACGGACAGGUGAUGAUGUCACCUGACGGACAAGUGAUGAUGUCACCUGCUGGACAGGUGAGCCAGGGCUUCACCUCUCCGAUGCUGAACAGCGCGCUGCAGCAGAACCCCAACCUGCGCAGCGCCUCCUAUGCCUCUCCUCUGCAGAGGAACGCUUCCCUCUACACACCUGUCCUCUCACCUGCCCAGGUGGCCCCGCCCUCCUCUCCCCGCCUAAACAACGCCAUGCUCAACUCCCAGCUCAGGGGCGCCUCCUACGCCUCCCCCUUUCAGAGACAGUCCUCCCCCGUCUCCCCCGUCUCCCCCUCUCCCCAGCAGGGGGCAGGGCCCUCCUCUCCGCUUCUCUCCGGCGCCCUGAAGACCUCCCACCUGCAGGGCGCAGCGUUCCGUCUCCCAGACGGCUCGUUGAUGAUGUCACAGGGUUCGGUGCCACGGGCAGACGUCGGCGGGGUCUCCCCCUCCAUGCUGUCUGGUGCUUUACUGAACCCCAGCCUACGCCAGGCUACCUACCGCCUACCUGAUGGAACGCUGAUGACCAGGACGGAACCCUCGACACAACAAUCUUCCUCCCCUCUCUCCCCCUCCUCCCCCAUGCUCUCCUCUGCUCUUCUGAACCCAGGCCUCCGUCAGGCCACCUACCGGCUCCCUGACGGGACCCUCGUCACCAGGAGUGAACCGGAAGCACAGCGGUCCGCCCCCUCCUCCUCCAUGCUCUCCUCUGCUCUCCUCAACCCUAACGUCCGUAAGGCCUCCUACCGGUUACCUGGCGGCUCCGUUCUGACCCAGCCAGGCGAGCAGGCGGCGCAGGACGAGCCCUCCUCUUCCUCUCCCAUGUUGUCAGGAGCUCUGCUGAAGUCCGACCUCAGCAAGGCGUCCUACAGGCUCCCUGACGGCUCCUUCCUGUCCCGGCCCCAGGCCCAGGCCCCAGCCCCCUCCAGCUCCAUGCUAUCCUCGGCUCUCCGCAACACCAACGUCAAAGGAGCUUCUUACAGACUUCCAGAUGGUUCCUUCCUGAGCCGGCCCGGUGAGGCCCCGCCCGCCGAGCCACGCUCCCUCCUGUCCAACGCCCUUCAGAACCAGAACCUCCGCUCAGCCACGUACCGUUUGCCGGACGGGACCCUGGUCACCCGGGCUGAGCCCAGUGGACCACCCCAGUCCCCUGGUAUGCUGUCCAACGCCCUCAUGAACCAGAAUCUCCGUGGAGCCAAGUACAGACUCCCUGAUGGGACCUUGGUCACCCGGGCUGAGCCCAGCGGGCCACCCCAGUCCCCUGGUAUGCUGUCCAACGCCCUCAUGAACCAGAAUCUCCGUGGAGCCAAGUACAGACUCCCUGAUGGGACCUUGGUCACCCGGGCUGAGCCCAGCGGGCCACCCCAGUCCCCUGGCAUGCUGUCCAACGCUCUCAUGAACCAGAACCUCCGUGGAGCCAAGUACAGACUCCCUGAUGGGACCUUGGUCACCCGGGCUGAGCCCAGCGGGCCACCCCAGUCCCCUGGCAUGCUGUCCAACGCUCUCAUGAACCAGAACCUCCGUGGAGCCAAGUACAGACUCCCUGAUGGGACCUUGGUCACCCGGGCUGAGCCCAGCGGGCCACCCCAGUCCCCUGGCAUGCUGUCCAACGCUCUCAUGAACCAGAACCUCCGUGGAGCCAAGUACAGACUCCCUGACGGGACCCUGGGGAUGAGGCCUGGAGCCCCCCAGACCGCCCCGCCCUCGGGCCCGGGCCUCACCAGCGCCCUGAGGAACACUCAGCUCUGCGGGGCCUCCUACCGCCUGCCCUCCCCCCUGGAGGACCAGAGGUAUGCGGUGGUCAGCCCCCAGGUGCAGGGGCAGCACUGGGCGCAGGGCCCCUGGAGGGAGGGCUUGGGCCUGGGGGAGGAGGUGGAUGUGUGGGGGGCGGAAAGGGUUCUGCCACACAACACCGUCCAGAAUCUCAGUAAGUGGUCCAUGUACCGGGAUGAGGAACUUCUGGAACCUCACGAUGUACUCCAUACGGAGCCUGCCACUGUGGUCUACAGAGAGCAGCUGGAGGAGGAUGGAGUGGAGGACAUGACUCAGUUAGAGGAACUGCAGGAGGAAGCUGUGUUACUGAACCUGAAGAGGAGGUUUGAGAGAGAGCUGAUCUACAGUGAUGUGAUGGGGGAUCAAAUGGAACGGGGGUGGGGUGUGUCGGAGGCGUGGAGGGGCGGCUCCGUGCUGAUGAAGGAGCAGGGGCAGUGGGCGGAGCUAGCAGGGCAUGAUUACGUCAUGGACCUGAUCUCAGACCUGGAGCUUCCUGCUGAUUUCCCCAAACAGAAGAGCUACUUCAUCAUCAGUGCUGAGGACCCCACCAGGGUCCGGGGCAACGCCAGCCUUACCCUGUUCGGCUCUGGGUUUGACUCUGACGAGGAGCUGCCUCCUGCCCAGCCUCUCAGCAGCAGACCUGCCUACAGCCUGCCUGACUCUGACGGAUACUACAGCCAUGUGGAGUCAGAUGGGUACAGUGAUGGCCAGACACAGAGAGGAAUGGAUCGAUAUCUGGACAGCCUGUUCGACCCUGUUCUCGCUGAUGGAAGCUUGGAUCCAGAUCAUGCAGCCAGUGUAUCGGGCCGGAUGAAGGGAGGAGGGGGUGUAGGAGGAGGAGGGGAGGGGGACCAGAGUCCAGCCCCCCCAAGUCGACCGUACCCCCCCGGAAUACACCCUGGAGCUGUGCCCGUGCUUCCAGUCAUGGGUGGGAUGAUGCCACCCAUCCCUACAUUGCCAACCCCCUCCCACCACCACCCCCACCCCCAGCAGCACCCCUCCCCUCCCCACACCCGGCCCCCGCCCACCCCCGCGCCGGCCGCCACCCUUCCCCCCAUGCCCCUGCCUGGGAUGGCCCCUCUGCCCGCCAUGCCAGUCCUGCCUGUGAUGCCAGGUAUGUCAGGUGCAGAGCAGACGGUCCUAGCUCAGCAGCAGCAGGCUCUCAUCAACCAGCAGGCCAUCAUUCUGGCCCAGCAGAUGACCAUGCAGGCCAUGGCUCUGCAGCAGCAGAUGAUCUCUUCCUUCCCCCCUGCUUCUCCAGCACCCCAGGUCCUGCCGGCUCAGCAACACACACACCAGCACUCACGCACGAGUGAGUGGUGUGUUCCAGGUCAGGCCCGGGGCCCCCCUCCUGAGGACGUGGUACGAUCCAGUGUGUCUAACGCAGAGCACGUGGAGCCAAGCCACAACAUCAAAGACAUCAUCCGUCAGUACCAGCCUCCCAGCCUCCCAGCCCCCGCCCCCGCCCCUGCCCAGCCUCCACCCGCGGAUGGAAAAAUGUUUGCAAAAAAAACGGAUCCCCACGAUGAGGCGAUGGAGAUCCUCAAAGACCAGAUGACCAACCCACCACCACCGAGGAAGAUAUCUCCUGCUUCUCCUACCAUGCCUCGGGAGCCUAAAGAAGAGGGAGGGGCUAAAAUCACCAAGGCAGCCAAAGCCAGCCCCCCUGUCCCAGCAGCUUCCCUCAGUAGCCCCGCCCCCCCUCCAGUCUCCAGAGAGCUUCCAGUAGAGCAGGAACUCCUCCAGACACAGCUCCACCAGAGGAGCAGUGAGGAACACUACACUUACACACACGUUCCCUGGAAGCUGUAUCUGAGAAAAGAGGUGUUCUACCCUAAAGAGAGCUUCAGCAGCCCGCUGAUCCUGGAGCUGCUCUUCAGACAGAUUGCCCAUGACACCUUCUCAGAGACGUGUAUCCGUAUCACACAGGAGGAGAGACAGAGGAUGAAGGCUCUCUUUGCUGAGAGCCAGGUGGAUCAUGUCUCAGGGACUCAGGAUGACAACAUUAAGAAGAAGGUUGUGACAAUGGCCAAAGACUCAUGGGAAAUCUACUUCUCUCGUCUCUUCCCAGCCUCUGGCAGUGUUGGGACAGGUGUGCAGGUCCUGUCUGUGUCUCACAGAGGCAUUAAGCUGCUGAAGAUGGUGAGAAGCAGCUCGACUGCCCCAGACUACUUUAGAGUGCUCCGCCCUUACAGCUACACGGACAUCCUGUUUGUGUCUAUCCCCUCCAACAACAUGCUGGAAUUCAACCUGACCAAUGAGAAGCUGAUCCUGUUCUCAGCCAAAGCUCCGCAGGUUAAACACAUGAUCGACUACUUCCUGACUGAGCUGAAGAAGGACUCUGAGUACAUGGUGGCAGUAAGGAACUACAUUACAGAGGACAGAACACUGCUGAGCUUCCAUAAGGGAGACAUCAUCAGGCUGCAGAGUAUGGAGGGACUGGAGCAGGGACGGUGCUCUGGCUGCAUCGUCAGGAAGAAGGUGGUGCUGUUGGAGGAGCUGAAGAGAGACACUCCUGAGUUUGGCUGGAGGUUCGGGGCUGUGUAUGGGCGCUGGGGGGUGUUUCCAGCAGAGUACGUCCGUCCGGUGGCUGCUCCAGACUUCCUGGUUCUGCCAGCUGAGAGGGCGGAGCCUCGCGACAGACAGGGGCGAGUCGCCGCCUCCGCCGCCAUCGCCGUGGCGAUGGGCUCAGCGACUGUGGCUCAGGAGUUGGAUCGCUCCACUGAGGUGAGAAUGGCGCGUGAUGCGUACGGGGACCUGGAGGAGCUGCCACUGCAUGGCAGCCAGUACCACAUGGCUGAGUUUGCCAGGAAGUACUUCAGAGAGGCCCAGAGACAGAGGAGUGAGCCACAGAAGUCUAAGAAAGGGAAAGACUCUCGCGACCCAGCAGACAUGGUCAGGUUCUCCAAGUGUCCCCUGCAGGAGUCUCUGAUCGACUUCAGUGAUGGAGGAAUGAACAGAGUGGCAGCUGACAUCUUCAUAGCCAUCAUGAGGUUCAUGGGAGACUACCCAGUGAAGGGGCAGAGUGAACAGGACCUGGUCUCCACCAUGCUGAAGCUGAGUGCAGACCAUGGUCUCAUGAAGGAUGAGGCCUACUGCCAGGUGAUGAAGCAGAUCACUGGAAACACCAGCACCAAACCGGACAGCUGCCAGCGGGGCUGGAGGCUGCUCUACAUCCUGACUGCCUUCCAUCGCUGCUCCGAGGUCCUAAAGCCCUUCCUGUUCAAGUUCCUGCAGGAUGCCUGUGCCAGCCCAGGGGUGCAGUUCCAGGGCAUAGCCAAGGCGUGUGAGCAGAACCUGAGAAGGACGCUGCAGUACAGCGGCCGUGUGGUAUACCCCAACAGCAUGGAGAUCAAGGCCAUGCUGGCAGGGCGGAGCUCCAAGAGACAGCUCUUCCUGUUGCCGGGCGGGAUUGAGAGACACCUGAAGAUCAAGACCUGUUCGGUUGCCAUGGAUGCGAUCGAGGAGCUGUGUUAUGAGAUGAGUGUGCACAGGCCCGAGGCCGUGGAGGAGUACGCCAUCUUCGUGGUCACACACCGAGGUCAGAAUGUGCGUCCCCUGAACAAGCGUGAGUACAUCUUGGACAUAGCAACGGAGGCGGAGCCUGUGGACAGUAACUACAGCCUGUGGGUCAGGAGGGUCAUCUGGACUCAGCUUCUCAAGUUUGACAACGAGCUCUGCGUCACCAUGCAUUAUAACCAGGUGUUGCCUGACUACCUGAAGGCCCUGCUGAGCGUGGUCCCCAGGGCCAAGGCCAGCGAGCAGCAGCUUCAGCAGGUGGCCAAGCUGGCCGCCCUGCAGCACCGCGCCAAAGACACUGCCUACCUGCCCACCAUCCGCGAGGUGCAGGAGUUUGUUCCUCCUCAGUUCUACAGCAAACAGGGCCCCCAGGCGUGGCUCAACAUGGUGACCCAGCACGUGCAGCAGGUCCAGCCUCUCACACCUCACCAGGCCCGGGCACAGUUCCUAGGGCUGGUGAGUGCGUUCCCCAUGUUUGGCUCCUCCUUCUUCUACAUCCAGAGCAGCAGCUCCUCCUCCUUCCACUCCCCCUGCAUCCUGGCUGUCAAUCAGAACGGACUGCACUUCCUGAACAAGGACACACAUGAGGCCAUGGUUCGUUUCCCCCUGAAGGAGGUGCAGUCCACCCGUACCCAGAGGCCUACGUCCGGGUCAAGCUACCCCUACGUAGAGUUCCUGAUAGGAGACCUGCUGAGUCAGCGCAUCACCCAGCUACAGCUGGAGCAGGGUUUGGAGUUGUGUCGUGUCGUUGCCAUGCAUAUGGAGAGCAUGCUGUCUGUCCGGGAGAAGAGACUCACUUUGCCACCCAGCGAAAUCACUUUACUAUAACGCACACACACACACAGGAACAGCACCAACUGUGGUAAUUACAUCUACCUCUGUUUAAGAAAUAUAAUUUUUUUUAUAGAUCAUACCACAAUGUUGUGUCUGUAGAAUUAACAACAAACUGUACUGUCACCCUGGGCCUGUGGUGGUUUUGGAGAGACCAGGGGUGGAGGGGUAGAGGGGGUG